AUGGGCGAUGUCUCUAUUAAAGCUGAUGUCUUGAGCUGUCUUCAUUUCUCUUAUUUCUAUCCUCUUUCUUUCUCAUUCCAUUUAUUAUUCUUUUCUAGUUCAUCUUUCAUUCUUUCAUUCUUUCCAUUCUAUUUUCUUCCCCCUAGUCUUUCUUUUCUUUCUUUCACUCCCCCACUUUUCUUUUUCUUUUGUCAAACUUUAUUUCUCUUCAUUCCCUUCUUUAGUCUUUUUUACAUUUCUUGUCAAUCUUUCUUUCUUUUUUCCUUCCUUAGUCAUUCCUCCUCUUCUUUUCUUUCUUUAGAAUUUCUUUUCUUUUUCCUUUAUCAGACUUUCUUUCUCUUCUUUUCCAACCUUAAGCUUUCCAUUCAAUUUUCCUUCAGUCUUUUUUUUCUCUUCUUUUCUUACCUUAGGCUUUUCAUUCACUCUCCCUUCAUCAGUCUUUCUUUCUCUUCCUUUCCUUCCCUGGUCUUUCUUUUUUUUUCUUCUUCUUUAGUCUAUAUCUCUCUUUUUCUCCUUCCUCAAUCUUUAUAUUUUUUCUUUGCCUUUCUCAGCCUUUUAUUCCCUUCGUUUUCUUUCUUUUCCUUCUUUAGAUUUCCUUUCUCUCUCUUUUUUAUCUUUCUGUUCUUUUAUCUCUUCAAUAUCUUCCCUCCUUUUUUCUCUCUUUUGAUCCUUCAUCUUUCUUAUUUAUAA